AUGAUGACUGAGGAGGAUUCCUUUCUUUAUUUGGAAGAGCAGGACAGGAUAUACUCCAGAGACCCUACCUUUGAGUCUGUAGGCCCGAAACCAUUUCUGCAGCAGAACGCUGUACCACCACUUCCACCACUUCCGGCACUGCCACAAUAUCCUACAAGAGGCGUUGAUUCGAAGUCCCUCUUGGGCAGAGUCAAAAAUAUGCUAUUCAAAGGGCCAUAUGGGAACGGCCCGGGCGGAUUUCCCAUACCCGGAGACCAGGUCCCAAUUGAGCUUCACACUCAGCUCAAAAAGCAAGAGCAGCUCUGGAAGAUCAUUAAAGAGAAGCCAUUUGACCCGGCAGUUGGCCUGGCAGCCACGCCUCCAUCACGAGGUAGUAGCGGCGAUACCUUUCUAUCCGGCGGCGCAGAUUUAUCUCCCCGCCGCCAGCCCCCGCCGCCAGCUACACGGCCGGCAAAGGCAGUUUCCGGCUUAAUGAACAAUAAGGAGAACGAAGCUGCUGCAGCGAAAUACUAUCAUUCCGGAGCAUUGCAGGCGGACAACGAACAAAAUUCGACUGCGGCGCUCGAACUGCUAACAAAUAAAAUACUCGGUCAUAGAAAGAUAGGACUCAAGAAGAUACAAGAUCGUUUGAACGAGAUCGCAGAAAAGAAGUUUGCAGUCAAUAAACUCUAUGGCAAAUUGACACAGGAAUUUAACAUAUGGUCCAACGAUGUUGUGGAGAGCGAGGAAGGAUUGCGACUAGUAGAGGAGUUACAGCGCGUUUUGAAACUUGACAUGUUGAUGGAGAAGAAUUCCGCACAGAAAUUUAGAGACCUUGCGUUUGGUUUAAACUUUAUCAAGUUGAGAGAAGAUCAAAUGCUCUUGGCAAAGAAAGAGCUUAAUAGUGACAUUCGGAAAUAUGAAAAUGUCAGGACAAAGAAGGGCGAAUACCACGAGGAAACUUCGUACUGGAAAGAAAUAGUUAACACAAAACAGAAUUCGUUAGCAGAAGUCACUAUACUCUACCAACAAGCGUUGGCAAAGACGAUGCGUGAGCUCUUUACGCUAUCAUGCGUCACAUUUUAUGAAAAUUGUACGGAAAUGAAGGAAGCAUGUAAGCAGUUUUUCUCAGAUUCUAUGGAGUAUCUAGCCGGUUCGCUUGGGGAAGAAUAUGUGGAUGAAUAUUUAGACGAAUUGCGCAAGAGGAGGGCUGAUAAGAAAUGGGCCAAACUCAGUUUUGAGGAUAAGAACAAUCCUAACAAAUUAGCAGAACUCAUUGGAAACAUGUACAAUGGAGACGACUCUCUACUAAGUAACGUUCCUAAAAAACACAUGAUUAAGUUCUCUGCAGAAGCCAUAUUAAAGGAGGAAUUCGAUCCCGUGUUGAAAGAGAAAGAGCCCAAGUUGCACUUUGGGACUGGAUUAGAGGAAGACUGGUCUCAGUUUCCUACUGAGAAGUAUAAUGGCAUUGCAAGUAACAAGUAUUUUUUGGAGCGACAGGCGGAAUCCAUUCGUAACCUUGAUUCCCACGGCAACGCCGUGCAGAAUCGUAGCACCGAUUCGACAAAUAAGGGCAGCACAAGAACUUUAAGAGGCAUUAAUCCGAAAUAUACACGGCCAGCUGCUCAGCCCUUGGCUACUACGAAGGAGGAAGUCGAGGCAGAGGAAUCACCCAAGCCGUCUGUGGUUACUCAGAGUAGUGUCUAUAAGACAUUAAGGCCAUCCAGUCAACAACUGAAACAACCCGGAACAGAAAAAUCAUAUCAAGAAGUGGUUAUGAAAUUUGGAUCUGAUAUAGCACGCUCUUUAGAUCUACGCUUCAAAGAGGCGGAGGAAGAAUUGAACACGAACAAGUGGGUUAGUGCACGAACAGAUGGAUAG